AUGAGCACGCCUAUGAGAAUUGCCUCUUCAACGUCUGUUGUUACGCAACCAGUAUCUGGUCAAGAGCGAAUAGGUGAAGAGCUGCAAUCUGUUGGAAUAUAUCAGGAUUUAGAGAGAUAUGAGGAAACCAUACAGAAGUUAAGUGAAAGUGUAGACAGUUUCAAACCCGAUUUGAGUCUAAUAACCAAGAUAAUAGAAUGUGAUCGGAACCUUUACAAGACACUAGAAGGAUUUCAUGAGUACUAUAAAAUUAAAAUAGAGUUGGAUAAGUUGGAGGAAGAGCAAAAGGAGAUAGGUAGAAAGACCAAAUUCAUGCUGGAGAAUUUGAACAGUUGUUUCCAAUCGCUCAAUGAGCUUCCUAUGUUGGAACAGGUUGAAUUCGAACAAGAAACCAUGCUAAAGCAAAGAGAAAAAAUCCACUCGAAGGUGGUACUCGAUUAUGCGAUGAAGUUGGCCAAAUUCACAAGGUUCCCACCUACAUUUGAUAAAUCUAUGGUUGGACCAAACAACUUUAUCUGGCCAGCAGAGGACUCCUUGCGGAAGGGAAUGUUAGCGAUGGCCUCGUUAAAGAAGAAAGAAUUGCUUGGUGCAGCCUUGGACGAUGAUAAUAAUGAUGAUGAUGGUAAUGCGAAUAUUGACGAGGCAAACAAACAAACAGAAGGAUCUCCUAAGCCGGAGGAAGAGGAUGUGGCUAAGGAAAGAAGAGGCUCUUAUGAGUUUGCCGCAAAUGGAAAAGAGCAAUCGGAUGAUAAGCCUGAGGGAGAUGCCGAUCUGGAGCUGGACCUAGAUUUGGAUCUAUUUAACCCAGACGAAUUUUAA